CCAACGAUUGCUAAAUUCUACGUCAUCAAAGUGCGCCGUUGCUCUGGUAACGCGUAUUGUCGUUCCUGAGUUUGUUGUUAUCUGCCUAGCUUGUCAUCUUUGUUAAACAUAAAGUUCAAUGCCUAAAGUAAGCUCAGACACGCUAUGGGAGCUGGCUGCGGCGGAGGUCCAGAGUCGGGAGAGCGGAGGGGGAGAGGAGGACGGGGGGGAAGCGGUGAACGAGAGGAGCGUGUUCCUAAUGGGCAGCAAGUCUGGGGUAAACGCGUAAUCUCGGCGCUCGUGCCUUCCGCUAGAAGCACCGCACACCCACAGCUGCUAACAGUAACCGCCAUUUGUCCCUUUCAGGGGAAAACGUCCAUUCUCCUGAGAUGCCUCGAGCGAGAUGAACCAUCGAAACCAACACUGGCGCUGGAGUACACCUUUGGCAGACGAGCCCGAGGACACAGCACACCCAAAGACAUAGCCCAUCUAUGGGAGCUGGGAGGAGGGACCUCCUUGUCAGACUUGGUCCAGAUCCCCAUCACUCCUGUCAGCGUCAGGUCUCUCUCUGUCAUCCUCAUUCUGGAUCUUUCCAAACCCAAUGCGCUGUGGGGAACCAUGGAGAGGCUGCUGCAGGCAACACAGGCUCAGUUAGAGAAAGUUUUCUCUGAGGCGCAACAAGUAGGAGCCAAACACCCGAAACCUGUCCAUCCCACUGCACGCGUCUUACCUAAAGACUUCCCUGACAGAGAGCUCAUUUGCCCAUUUCCUGUUCCUCUGCUCAUCAUUGGCAGCAAGUAUGACCUCUUCCAGGAAUUUGACUCUGAGAUGAAGAAAGUGGUCAGUAAAACGAUGCGUUUUAUUGCCCACUACUAUGCAGCCUCUCUAAUAUUCACUAGCAUCAAGUCAGAGAGCCUAAUGUCCAAAGCCAAGGGUUUCUUCUCCCACUUUGCCUUUGGCCUGGACAGAGGAAAAGCAGUUUCUUGUGAGUCCAAUAAGCCUCUCAUCAUUCCAGCUGGCUCUGACUCCUUCAACCAGAUUGGCUCUCCUCCUCUUGUUGAUGUGGACAUAAGUUCUCUGCAUGCCAAAAACCCGAAGGACCUCUGGAGAAAAGUCUACGAACGUGUCUUUCCACAAGAGAGUACCAGUGAACAAAGGGAACUUAAAGAUCCAGCCAAAGACCCACAGUACUGUGAGCCUCAGAUUGAUGCCAUGAGAGCCCAGAAAGACCAGGAGUUGGAGCAGUACAAGAGAAAUGCAGCCAAAUCAUGGAAAGGACUGAAGCUGGAGACUUGACAUAAUAAUCCUUGUCUUUGGUCUACCACACCACACACUUUGUACAUACUGUACAUCAUAUAUCUUCUGUUACUUAUUAACUUCUGUUGUAUUUAUGCAACUUGUGUAGCGAUGAUAAAAUGUUUUUUUUUAUUAAAAUAAAAACAUUUAUAUUAUGA